UCUCUCUCUCUCAUAAGUGAAAACUUGAAAACUUGAAAACUUGAAAACUUGAAAGCCACAUCUAAAAAACCACACAACAAAAUGCUGCAACUGAGCAGGCCGCCUCAAUACCUGGACACAAUGCACUGUUCCUUCUCACUCUCUCUCCCUCUAAUUCUACUUCUCCUCUCACUCCCUUCUUCUAUUCCUUCUGCCUCCACCACCAAUCCCCACCAUGCAAAUAAACAACCACCCAUCAACGCCCCCAAGCCCAUCAACACUAUGGCUCCAUCUGAAGCAGAAGCUCUGUUCAAGAUCAUGGACUCCAUGUCCUCUGAUCAAAACUGGAGAAUUUCCCAUCCUAACCCUUGUCAGCCAGGCUCAUCCUGGCCUGGCAUUGAGUGCAAAGUAGGAAAAGACAACUACCUACACGUCUCCAGGCUUGACUUUGGCACCCCACCAAAUCCAACUUGCAAAAAAACAGCUACAUUUCCUUCACAAAUCUUUGCUCUCCCAUAUCUUCAAUCUGUGUUCUUCUUCAAUUGUUUCACUCACACCAAAACCACUCUUACUGUUCCACAAAACAGAGCCUCCCCUGCUUCACUUCAACAGCUCAGUCUCCGAUCUAACCCAGCACUCGUUGGCCCAAUCCCACCUCAAAUUUCAACACUCAAGUCCCUUGAAAUCCUCACGUUGUCACAAAACCGCCUCACUGGCCCAAUUCCAUUCGAGAUUUUCAGCUUGGGCAGUUUGGUACACCUGGAUUUGAGCUACAAUAUGCUCACAGGCACUAUCCCAUACCAGCUGGGCAGUCUCAGAAACCUUCAAGGCCUUGAUUUGAGCUACAAUAUGCUUACAGGGGCCAUCCCAAACACAAUUGGCCAACUGGGUUUGCUUCAAAAAUUUGACUUCAGCUCAAAUUCACUUACUGGGGGCAUUCCUGAUGGCAUUGAGAAGCUCAGUUUAUUGGUUUUCAUGGCUCUGAGCAACAACAAAUUGGGUGGGCAAUUUCCAAAAGGUCUGGAAAAAUUGCAAAGCUUGCAGUAUUUCAUUUUGGAUGGCAACCCAAUUCAUUCACCUCUGCCACUAGAGUUUGGUAAGUUGGUGAAACUUCAAGAACUCAGGCUUGCUGAUUCUGGGUACUCUGGCACAAUACCAGAAAGCUUUUCACAGCUUAAGAAUUUAAGCACUUUGUCGUUGCAGAACAACCGUUUAACGGGUGAAAUUCCGGUUGGUUUUGGCAGUCUCUCACAUAUAUACCACAUGAAUCUGAGCAGAAAUAUGUUGGGGGGUGUUGUGCCUUUCAACUCAAGUUUCUUGAAGAGGUUGGGAAGAAAUUUGGAUCUUAGUGGAAACCCAGGUCUUUGUUUGAGUCCCUCUGAGGCACACAGUUCGAAGAUUGGAGUUAAUGUUUGUGGAAAGAAUAACAAUGCGUCUUCUAUCCAGCCCUGGAAGAAAUCUCAAGCUCCAUCUGGGCUCUCCAAGCCAUUGUUCCUAUUUACUGCUUUAUGUGUUUGGGGAUUGCAUCAAAUGUUGUUUCUGGUAUGACAAAGUAUGUUAGUGCUUUAGUCCAAAUUAUUACUGGUUAUUAUGGUGCUAGGUCACUGUAGAAAAAUAUAUGUAGAUUGUUUAAUAAAUAUAAGGAUUUUCUGGGACUUUGCAGGAU